AUGAAUACGGAAGGGGAACUUAAACACUUCAGCCAUGAGCAUUCUUUGGUCUCCUUUGAAGGUUCAGGACGUAAUAGUUCUUUUAUAUGUAUCGGAUGCGGUAAAGGCCUACAUGGCUCAUGCUACGGUUGCGUUACUUGUUAUCCCUCAUUUCACCUUCACAAGUCAUGUUUAGAAGUAGCCCACUCCCACGAGGUGCAACACUCCAUACACGACAAGCACCCUCUGAUCAUUUGCAAAACACCACCGUAUGAUAAGGAGACUUGCACAUGCAAUAUUUGCGGUGAACCUUGCAUGAGGUUUAUUGUUUACCACUGUCCCCUUUGCAAAAUUUACGUUCAUUUCAAGUGUCUUUCGUUACCGCUCUCCAUUGAAAGUGAAAUUCACAACCACCCAUUAACCUUAUUCAGGAAGUUCAUCACGUUCAUUUGUGAUUUUUGUGGUAAAGAAGGUAAAACAUUGACCUACCUAUGCAAUGUUAGCUUUUGUGGAUUUUGGGCCCACCAUAAUUGUGCUUCCUUACCACGCAUGGUCAAACGUAUGCGCCAUAAGCACCCUCUCAUCCUCACUAACUCUAUUAAGGAUGAUCAUUCUGAGCACCGAGUUUGCCAACUUUGCGUGAAACAUAUAGACACAAAUCAUGGAGUUUAUUAUUGCUCAAGUUGUGAUUACGUUGCCCACCUUGAUUGCGCUACAAACGAGAAUGGCAUGGAUGAAAAUUUUAUGCGGGAAUCUAAAGGCAAGGAACCUGCUGAGUUAACAAAUAUGCUGAAAUUUGAAGAUUUGGAGCUUGAUGAAUUCGCCAAUGAAUCAUCUUAUAGUGUCCAAAAAACCAAGGUGGGUGAGGGUGAAAUUAAAAUACCCAUAGAAAUCAAACAUUUUUGUCAUGAGCAUGACUUAAAACUUAUUGAUGGGCUUGAGAACUACAAAAUAUGUGACGGGUGUGUACGACCUAUCUUCCCUCCAUUUUAUAGUUGUAUUGAAUGUAACUUCUUUCUUCACAAAUGUUGUGUAGAAUUACCGCGUAAAAAGCGACACCCACUUCACCAACACCCCCUCAACCUAAAUAGAUCUCAUUUAUGGUUGAAUGACUGUCAUGCUUCUUUAAUUUGCGUGUAUUUGCUUUCUAAGAAGCAAGCAACAAAGAUUCCUUUGGUAAUUUUCCUGCUCUUCUAA